AUGUCAUUAUUUUUAUCAACAACUGAUAGUGAUUUAAUUUUGGCACAAGGAACACCAACAUUAAAUUCUAUUUUGAAUAUCAAUGUACGUAAACGACUGAUUUUUAAAUCAUCUGAAAAUGAACCUGGUGUCGAUUUACUCAAAAUUCCUGGGACAAAAGAUAAAGCAAAUCUUUAUGCAACAAUAAUACUCCAAUUGAUGUACACUAUGGAAGAGCUGGUUGCAUUACAACGAACUGAUAUUUAUAAUGAUAAUCGAUAUAAAUUGAUAAAAGGUAAUAAUUCAGUUUUUCUCAUGUUAAAAUCGUAA